CAGUUAGCGUCCUCAAAUCUCAAUCAAUCUUUCAAUUAUUGCUCGUCGACACAACACAUUACACACCCUCCUCUCAUUUCUCUGAAAUUUUCGUUGACUGGAGUACAUAAAUCCCACAUAAAAUCAGAGAGAGAAUCAAAUUCAGAUCAUCAUCAAAAAUGGAAAAUCCCGAAAGUGAGACAACAAGUGUCAAUGGUGAACAAGAAGACGUGUACAACAAAGACAAACGUAGAGUAGAACCCGAUGAUGGUGAAACUUCAAAGAGCUUAUACGGCGCCGUUUCAUCUCUACUGUUGCCGAUCUUCUUCCCAGAUCCUCACUCUUCCUCCUCUUUCUUCCACCGAAUUAAAGCGUCUUUCAGAGAUAAUCUUCCGCAUAUUCGAGAAGCUUCUACUGCUACUGCCUUAGAUGUUCUUAGCUGGGCCCGCAAUGGCAGCUCUUUUCGCUUGCUCCUUGUUAUCUCAGUUGGGACAAUUACUCUUCUGACCCUGACAGGGGUGCUAGUUUUUUUGCUCUUUUUGGCAGCUGCAACUGUUAAUGCAAUCAUCCUAUCACUUUUCAUGUCUUUGGCUGCUGCUGGUGGCUUCUUGGCUAUUUUCUUUGCAUGCAUGGCAGGAAUUUACAUUGGGGCAUUGUCACUUGCUGCUUUAGUCAUUUCUUUGGUGACUAUAUCAGCAGUAAUCACCACUCUUAUUGUUACAGGUUGGAUUGGAUUCUUUUGGACUCUCUGGCUGGUAGUCAAGAAAAGUGCCUGCUUUGCCAAGCACUCAGUGACUGUCACUGGGUCAGCACUUACAGCUUAUACCUCGGGUAGGCAUGCUCGUCACCAUGACCACCAUCACGAUUGAUAGCGACCACAAGAAUAAGCAAGUAUUUUCUGAAUUUUGGAGCCUGUGUAUAGAAUGAUAAUAAGUCUAAUAUGUUUGUUGCAUAAACGUCUUAUUGAGCGGUAAAUAUUCCUGAGCACAAAACACUGUUUGAGUUUGCUGUUUGUAUUACUCAAGGGCUGGAGUCGCAAUUUUUGCUGCUCUCGGGUUAUGGGCAUCGAUCAAGCCUGUAGUUAUGUAGCUAUUGUGUAAUGUUAUUGAAUACGGAUAAUAUUGCUCACGAAUUAAUGCAUCCAGUACACGGUAAAGAGGAACA